AGUAGCGGAACUCUAACGAAACGCACGUGUCAUUAUAUUUUGUUUAUAUUUUUAUAACUCAAAAAGUAACUACAGUUGGGCCGUCAUUCUACAUAGGUUUCGUUUGGAUGGCCUAUUAAGCCUAUUAAGCGAAAUGAAUAAAUCUCGCAGUAAGAUUCGAAAAAACCAUCGAUCAAACUCUAAAAAGGAAGAACGGUUAGCUGAAAAACUUUCUGAAUUAGCAGUAGAUUCAGAUGAAUCAAACGCGGGGGAAGAUGGCUCCGCAGCGGAUUCUGAUACCAGCACCUCUGCAAAUGAAAAACCAAAAAACCAAUUUGAUGUAGGUAAGCCAGCGCAGUUCCCUGUCAGUAUGUGGGAUCUAAAUCACUGCGAUCCGAAAAAAUGUUCUGGCAGAAAGUUGGCUCGACAUGGAUUGAUGGCUAAUCUACGUCUUGGGCAGAAAUUUCCAGGACUAGUUCUUACACCUGUGGGCACAAAUUGUGUCAGUCCUCUAGAUAAAAACAUUAUCGAAAGUUCCGGUAUAGCUGUUGUUGAUUGUUCAUGGGCUCGACUAAGCGAAACACCAUUUAAUAAAAUGAAAUCUCCGAAUCCACGACUAUUACCAUUUUUGGUUGCUGCAAAUCCAAUAAAUUAUGGCAAACCAUGUAAAUUAUCUUGUGUUGAAGCAAUAGCCGCUACAAUGUACAUUACUGGCUUUAAGGAAGAAGCCACAUGGUACCUAAAUAAGUUUUCCUGGGGACACUCGUUUUUAACAUUGAACCAAGAACUUCUGGACUCAUAUGCCGGUUGCAAGAACAGUAAGGAAAUUCUCGAAGUACAACAUAAAUACUUAGAGAAGGCGGAGGCUGAACAUAGCAAUCGCAACCGGAAUGUGGAUUUUCCUACUAGUGAAAGUAGCAGCGACGAAGAUGAAUAAUGUUUCUGCAGUUAAGCUAUAUCGUUCCGUAUACCCACAGAAUAUAGUUUAUUUGGGGUUAGGAGGUGCAAACAAGUAUCUAUUCUAAUGUAGCACCAGCGCAAAAACGAAAUCUAUUUAAGGUUUCUCCAUCUUGCUAUUUUGUACAUAUCCUAGAAAAUCACGAUUUGUUUUAAUUCAAAUGAAAACACUAUACAUAUUAAAUAAUCUAUUCGCUAACUAGCGAGACAAGCAAAAUAACAUGCAAUGUUCAAUAGCUAAA